ACAACCUUACGAGAUGUCAAAGGUCACAACAUGGCCGAGUUCAGUGUGUUUUCGUUUUUAGUGUCAGUGGUAGUGCCAGGUUUGUUACUAUUGUAUGUAUUUGUCACCUGUUUGAAACGACGGAAUCAUGACAAGCAGCCUCCUGUUUAUCAAGGGUGGAUACCGUGGCUUGGAUGCGCGAUUGAAUUUGGAAGAUCUCCUUUGACAUUCAUCCUUCAAAAACAAGAAGAGUUUGGUCCAGUCUUUACAUUAUGUGUUGCUGGAGAAAGAUAUACUUUUCUGAUGGAGGCUGAAGAUUUUGACAAGUUCUUCACCUCUCCAAAUGUAGAUUUUCAGAAAGCUGUUCAAGACCCAACCAAUCGUGUUGCUUCAAUGCCAAAGAGUUCCUUCUUCAAAUAUCAUACGAAGAUCCACGAUGCAGUAAAAGGAAAACUAGCUGCCUCACAACUAGCUUUGUUUUCGGAUGACUUGUGUCAGAACUUCAGAGAAAAUCUCGAAAAGCUUGCAGGAGGUCGUGAUGACCUGAUGGAGGUCGUGAGGUCAGCAAUGUACCCUGCUGUCAUCAAGAACCUGUUUGGACAGGAUGUGUUACCUAUAGCUGAGAAGGAGGAGUUUGACUUAUUUACAAAGCACUUUAUUACCUUUGAUGAUCAGUUUGAGUAUGGAGCCAAAUUGCCCGGUGUAUUGCUCAGGGAGUGGUCAACGUCCAAGCAGUUUCUACUAAACAUCUUCCGGUCAGUUGUCAGCAAGAUUCAGAUGCAUGAAAACAACAGUCCAGCAAAGAAAGAAACUCUUCUGCAGAUUGUUUGUGGUAUAGCAGACCAGGACUGUAUGGCCAACUACAGCCUGCUGUUUCUGUGGGCUUCGCUAGCUAAUGCCAUCCCGAUAGCCUACUGGACGCUGGCUUUCAUGAUGCAGAACAAGGAUGUCCUAAACAAAGCCAAACAGCAAGUGGACAGUGUCCUUAAGGCAAAAUCUAGCGUGAGUGAGUCAGACCUGCGACAGAUGCCCUACCUCAAGUGCUGCAUGCUGGAGGCUAUCCGACUGCGGUCACCAGGGAUCAUCACGAGGAGAGUGGUCAAGUCCUUCACUGUCAAGGAGAUGACUGUACCGGCCGGGGAUAUGCUGAUGCUGUCACCCUACUGGGCUCAUCGCAACCCCAGAUACUUCCCUCAGCCCGAACAGUUUCGCCCGGAUCGCUGGGAGAAAGCAGAUUUAGACAAGAAUGUCUUCUUACCAGGGUUUGUAGCAUUUGGAGGAGGCCGCUACCAGUGCCCUGGAAGAUGGUUUGCCCUGCUGGAGAUCCACAUGUUCAUUGCAAUGUUCCUUCAGAGAUUUGACUGUAAGCUGAUAGAUUCAUUACCUGAACCAAGUCCACUGCAUUUGGUCGGCACACAACAACCUCGCAAUGCUUGCUGCUUUCAGUACAGUCUACGACGGUAGUUAGACGUGUUCAACUGACUUUGGCUAGUUUUGAUUUUGAAGAAGUGUUUGGGAGAAGGUGACUAACAUGAGUUUGGAUGGACACCAUUGCUGAAAUAUGAUGCAUUCAAUGAGAUAGCGAAUUUGUGGUUAUUGAAAUGUGAAUUACUGUGCCUGUGAUUGUAUUAUACUCUU